AUGGAUACAGAUGCACCCACGUUGAACCCUGAUACCGUGUCAAAAGUGUUCAAAUCCUCUUUCAAGAACCAAAACUCUAGGCUCAACAAGGAAGCUCUCCAUCUUUCAUGCGAGUUUCUACGUUUAUUCACAGUGGAGGCUCUUCAUAGGGCAUCUGAUGAACAAGACAGAAUCGAGAGCUCCAUAUCAGAUGAAACUGGCACAACACCCAGAAAAACAUUGCAGGUUGAACAUCUGGAAAGAAUACUGCCACAGCUUUUAUUGGAUUUUUAA